UCCAUGCCUCCACUGCUCGCUGCUCGGCCAAAACCUUUGCAACCGAAGGCGCAGCAAAUUCCGGGCCACUGCGCCACCGCCCCGGCCCUACAAUAUGUCGUCAAGCCAGAGAGAUCCCUCGAAUGUUCCCGCCCAGUUGGUGCUCGGGGCUUCACUGUGCGCUGCCAUUCUCCGAACGCAUUCCUUGCGCCACAACUCGGCACACUCCUCGUCCGAAUUGUAUUCCGCUGUGGCCUGCUCGGCACGCAGAGCUCGGUUUAUUCAGAGUUGGUGCGAUGGAAAGUAGCAAGAGUGAUCUACGGAAGGCGCUUGAGUCCCCUCCAUGGUUGCAGUGCAGCUGUCGACAUUUUAAGAGCUUUCUCUGGCGAGGUUCAGUUUUCAGGUGUUGAGUCUCCACGACUUCAAGCAGAGACCGGCGACUUGAUGAAUUGGAGCUGCGGGUCAUCCUGCAUGUUGAAGUUGUUGUAAGACACCUGAAGCAGAAUGUUAUUGAUUCGGUAAUGAUUUGUUUUAACUGUACUUGAUGUGCGUUCCUUGUGUGUUCGACUUCUUCCACUGUAGCUAAACGCAUAGAUGGCAUGGUCUCUUGUGUUUUUGUUCAACUUUCAAAAAGCUUC